AUGCAUCUCCAAAAAAAAACACGUAACACGUCAGUGACAGAGACGCUGCGGUGGUGGGACAGGGCGAGAGCCGUGGAGCAGUCCGCCCUUGCGGAGGAGCCGCCGCUGUGCAGGUCGUCGCAGGCCGAGCGUCUCAAGGGCGAGUGCGUGGCGCGUGUGGCGCGGGGCGACUCGGCACCGUUCGCGCGGCGGCCGCGCCCGGCGAGCGGCGAGCCUGACGACGUGGCGCCCAGCGACGCCGUCUCUAGUGCCACCGGCAAGGGCACCGUCAGCAGCGAUACAACCAGUUUGCGGGGCUCUUUCCGUGGCGACGUGGCGGUGGCUGCGCCAGGAAGCGAAAUGGCCAGCUUGGAGGCGGCCGCCGGGUGCCUGCCGCGUCACUUCACGGACCACCUGGGGGGCGUCUGGAAGCGCGCCUUGAGUCCGGUGGAGGAGGGCGCCGCUGACGUCACUCCCGUGUACAUGGGCAUCUCCGCCACCGGGACGCUCGCGGUGCUGAAGGUGU